GAGCCCGUAACUGUCUUCCUCAAGGCAUCUGUACGAUUCAGUCAAAAUGAUUCUCAAACUAUAAGUUGUUACAACAUUAUCAUCCGCAGUUGCCUUGACAUCAUUGGUCUGAAACGGCUAGGUCGGAAUCAUUUCAACGAAAAGGAAAAGAGCAGGCUCCGUGAUUACAAUAUGGAAGUGUGGCCAGGAUUCGAGACGGCAGUGCGACAAUACGAAGAUCAGCUGAUGCUUUGUAUAGAAAAUCGUUUCAAGAUGAUCCGAACUGAGUCAGUCUGGGACGUGAUGAACUACGAGCUGGAUUUGGUAAAUAGAGAUAUUGAGAAGUUCCAGUCAAAAAUGGAAGGAUUGUUCAUCGGUGAAACGGUUUUUGCCCGUUACAACAAUAAAAUGUAUCGAGUGGCUGGUAUUGAUUACAACAUGACACCGGACUCGACAUUCACUCUAAAUAAUGGUUCGUUGACUACACUGAAAAAUUAUUUCGAAAAGCAAUACAGCCUGAUCAUCAGGGCCAAUCGUCAACCAGUGUUAGUUAGCGAAGGGAAGAUCAAGCAGCCAAAUGGUGCACCGCAGUAUGCCUAUUUACUGCCGGAAUUAUGUUACCCAACUGGCCUCACCGAUGCUAUGCGUAAAGACUUCCGGCACAUGAGGGAGCUGUCAAAGCACACAAGGUUAGAUCCUGAAAAGAGGCGUCAGACGACGGAGAGGCUGCUUUCAAUGAUCCACCACAAUGAGAAGUGUUGUGCAUUGCUGGAACGCUGGGGUAUACAUCUGGACAGACGGCUCGUCUCAUUCAAGUCUAGGGAACUCAAUCCAGAAAGGCUUUUCGGCCUACAGCCAGAAGGUUACACAGGACUCCGGGCUGAAUGGGCGAAAAGUGUGCGAAAUAAUGGAAAUUUCCGCGGCGUGACACUUCGAAAUUGGGUUGUAGUGGCACCGAACACUGCAGAGGGGGAUCGCCUUUCUAGCCUCUUCAUCGAAGAGGUCAAGCUAGUUGGAGAAGUGAUGAGGAUCCAAGUCAACUACCCCAUGCUGCAAAUUAGCAAGGAUUCAUCACCGGUGUCAUAUCAUGAAGCUGUUAGAGAGGCUAUUGCAAGGGUGAGCUUUAAAAUGCCCAACUGA